AUGUCGCUAGUCAACAUACCUCGCUAUUGCGAGGAUCCCAAUUACAGGUACAAAAUGCCAAAGCUGCAGUCGAGAAUUGAAGGCCGUGGAAAUGGAAUCAAAACCAAUAUAUCCAAUAUGGGUGAUAUUGCCAGGGCCCUCAAACGACCUCCGACAUACACAACCAAAUUCUUCGGAUGCGAGCUAGGCGCAAUGUCCAAGUUUGAAGAAGCCGAAGAAAAGGCACUGAUCAACGGAGCUCAUACGGAACGCGCAUUGACACAAAUUCUAGACAAGUUUAUUGAAAUGUACGUACUAUGCUCAGAGUGCCACUUGCCAGAAAUUGAAGUACUAGUAAGGAAGGGAGCGCUAUGUUCCAGGUGCAACGCCUGUGGGCACAAAGGGACAUUGGACAACACACACAAAGCUGCGAGCUAUAUGCUCAAAAAUCCAGCAUGCCUUACAGAAAUGUCGAAGCAUUCGGGAAGGACCAAAAAGGAAGUCACAAAGGAUGCGUCGCCAGAAAAGGAAAAGGAUAAAGAUAAAGAAAAGGAUAGGAAGAAAAAAGAUAAAAAAGAAAGGAAAAAACGUGUAUCAGAAGAAGGACAAGAGUUGGUCAAUGGGACAGAUGCUAUUCUUCAGUCAGUUGAAAUGGAAAAACUCACCAUCGAAAGCCCAGAGAUACAAGAUGUUGUAGACAGACUAACCGCAUCACUAGGUGCAGGAAAGUUCGCUAAACCCGCGGAUUUCGCCGAAGAACUACAUAUGCUACAGCUCUCACAGGAUUUCGAUAACGUGUGCAGGUUCUACGUUGCACUUUGUGCAAUAUUCAGUGACAAAUUCGAUGUCGCCGUGCUAGAGGAAAAAAUCUCUAUGCUAAAGCCGUUGCUAGAGUAUGCAAUGCCACCCAAAGAUAUACUCACCGCAAUGGCUGUAUUUGUAGUCAAACUGCACCCAGAACAGCUGGAGGAGUAUCCGUAUAUAUGCCGUGCCCUGUACGCGAACGACCUGGCGGAAGGCGGCGACUUCUGUCGUUUCUACGCUAAAAAUGCGAGGUUUGAUGGCAUUCUAGCAGACGCUUUCCUACGUACAAAAGAAAAGGCGGAACCAUUCGUUUCGUGGUUGCAGGAAGACGAUGAUGACGAAACGGAAGACACAGAUGACUGA